AUGACAGAAGAUUAUAUAAGAUUAUUUAGUCAAACUGCAAUUGCAGAUUUAGAUAAAAAUACAAUGGUAUCAAUAAAGAAAUCAGAAGAUGUUGAGAAAUUGUUAAGUGUAUUAUAUGAAAAUUCUUUAUCAAGUUUACCAGUUAUUGAUGGGGAAGGAAAGAGAGUUAUUGGAUUCGUUGAUACAAAUGAUGUUUUAUCAUUAUUGGCCAAACUUAAAUUAUCAAGUGAUUCAAGUGAUGAUGAUAUUCGUUUAUAUUCAAUUGGUUUCUUGAAUUCAAAUGUUAAUAAUAUAAUGGAUGAAAAAAAGAAAGAUCAAUUCGUAGUAGUAUUAGAAGAGCAAAGUUUAUUUGAAGUUUUAAAACUUUAUGCAAAUGGUGUACAUAGAUUAGCAUUGUUGACGGUUUUCUCGGAUAUUGAAAAUAUAGUUUCUCAAUCGAAUGUUAUCAAAUUUUUAAAUAAUAAUCUAUCGGUUUUAGGUCAAUUGGGUGAUACUACAAUUGGUAGUAGUUUAAUUAAGCCUUUCUUACCAUCAAAAGAAUCUUUAAUUACUACAAAAUCAUCAACAUUAACAAUAGAUUCUUUUAAAAUUAUGAAUACUCAUAAAUGUUCUGCAAUUCCAGUUUUAGAAGAUUCAACAAAUAAAAUCAUUGGUACAUUAAGUGUUAAUGAUUUAUAUGGCAUUAAUCAAUCAACAAUUAAAUUAUUAUUAAAUCCAACUGGUGAAUUUAUUAAUUUAGAUAAUUCAAAAAUUAAAUCAAAUAAAAAUAAACCUAAUCAUCAAAUAGUUUUAAAACUUAAUAAUACAUUUAAAGAAGCAAUUCAAAUUAUAUCAAAUAAUAAAGUUCAUAGAAUUUGGAUUGUUGAUGAUAAUAAUAUUCCAAUAUCAUUAAUAUCAUUAACUGAUAUUUGCAAAAUUAUUGUAGAAGCUCCUUAUCUACUUGAAGAUCAACAAACUAAUAAUAACCAAAGAAAUAGCGAUAAUUCAACUACAAACCAAAAUAAAUAA